UGAUGAUGAUGAUGGUGGUGCUGCUGAUGCGCGUGAUCACCGCGAGCCACAAACACGGCUGCCUGUUCGAGGAUGAUCUAUGUGAGCCUCAUGAGUUUUGCAUCAAUGAUGGAGUCUUUGGUCAGUGUCAGCGAUUUCCUGUCUCAGAUCUUUACACUUAUGAAACAUCUCCAGCAGCACUGCAGCGCCUGAGGAACCUGCUCCAUCACCUCGUCCAGCAAGGUUAUACAUGGCAAGAUGAUGCUGCACAGCAAGCAAUAUCCAGAGAACUGCUGGCGUUGCCUAAGAUCCCUCUACAGCGGCUCAGUAAAAACUUUCCAGCUUUUAAAUUACGGGCUCAGAGUAGUGAUGCCAACAACAGGAAGUACCUACAGGAACUUGGCUUCUUGCCUGUGGAUGUCACUUCCUCUAAACAGGGCCUUCAAGGAAAGUAUAAAAGUAAAGGAAUGUCCGAUCUCAUGGAUCUGUUUGUGAUGCCUAAAGAAAGACCACCUUCACCACUAACUACCUCCCUACAUCAGCCUCGUCCCGGCCCUAAAAACUCCUACUGGACUGAAAUCAAGCCAGUGGACCAAACUGGCCUUCUUUCCGAGCUGCAGAGGUACCUGUCAGACCCAAAAGAACAACCUGCAGGUCCUUCUCAGAAAGAUCUUCAGUACUUUGGUCACAGCUCUUCUGCCAAAGCAGGGAAGGUGUCAGGUGUUUCAAGGCAACCUCCUCCACCCAGAAUUGACAAACUGUUGUUUAGGGCAGGAGUUAACCGGCCAACAGUACAAGACUCUCUCAGCUCAGUGGAUGAGAAGUUCAUUCAAGGUGUAGUAAAGCAGCUUGGACAGCAGAGCAUUAACAUGGAUGCCCUGAGCCCAGGUGACCUUGACCAGCUCUCUGAGGUCAUCACCCAGGCUCUGCAGGAGGUGGAUGAUGGAGAAGGGGUCAAAGGCCGCAAGGUCAAGGUUAAUGAGGAAGGUGCGACUAAGAGGGAGCCUGGCACAUGGGAAAAGCCUGGGACCAUGCCAGAAGAGGCGUUUACACCUAAAGAUUUAGGACAGACUAAAGUGAGCAAGCUGGAGUCAGAGGGAAAGGACAAACUGUUCCUCAGUCAGCUCCUCGAUUUCCUGGACAGUAACUCAGACCCUGAGGCUACAGAUCACCCCCGGGACAAAAUUUCUCUCCCGGGCUUCUUCGAUGUCCCGCAAAAGCCUGCGGGUCUGAAAUCAGCCGGAGUCGAGAUCGUUCGGAGUCGGACCACACAGACCAGUGUGGACCUAACGAGAAAGAAGAUGGAACCAGACACGGUUGACCUGCAGGACGCAGGAGACGAGGCCGAGGUAGAGCAGUGGCUCCACGGCAAAGACGUGAAGAACAAUGGUGGAGAAGAGGGCAUGGAGAGGAAAGGAGGACAUUUGGAGAAGAAGCUCAGGGUGGACGUGACGGCGCACUCCACCCCUCAGCAUGACGGAGACUUCGGCUACAUCGUCACACAGGAUGCACUUUCUACUGAUCAGGGUCUUAACCUGAUGGAAACCCUGGCAAAGAGAGCUAACCUGCGUGUGACCGACUUCCUACAGCUCUCUGUUCUGGGUCCAGCAGUAACGUUCAGAGUGAAGCCCAACACUGGGAACAUCACCACAGCACUGCUGGCCCAAAUGGCAGUUCAGCAGAAAGGCCAGUUGGAGAAGGAGAGCGGCAUAAAGAUUUUGGAAGCCGGACUGAGUGAUAGGUCCAAGUUGAAUCACAUCCCCGUGAUCAAGCAAAGCCGCCUCGAACCCAGCAACUUCCUGGUUCUGGUCCUGGUCACCAUGGCGUUUGUUGCCGUGGUGCUCGGCCUGUCGGGGGCGCUCUUCUGCAUGCGCCGCCGGUCCGGGUACGAGGUUAAAGAGAAGCUGGUUGGCAUGGCAACAGACGCCGGGAACGAUGCCACGACAACCUAUCAGGAUUUGUGUCGUCAGCGCAUGGCAGAGCGCAGCUCCGAUGUUUUCCAUCACGCCACACACACGUCACGCAUCAACAGCGUGUCAUCACAGUUCAGUGACGGAGCGACCCAGAGUCCAUCAGCACGGAGCAGCACGUCAUCAUGGAGCGAGGAACCGGCACACAGCAACAUGGACAUCUCUACAGGACACAUGAUCCUGGCGUACAUGGAGGAUCACCUGCAGAAUCAGGACCGUUUGGAGAAGGAGUGGGAAGCUCUGUGUGGAUAUCAGGCCGAGCCGGCCGCUUGUUCUGCGGCGCAGGAUAAAAGCAACGCCAAGAAGAACCGACCCAGCGGCGUGCUCGCGUACGAUCACUCCAGAGUGACGCUAAAGGCUGAGAAUAACCAGAGCAGCUCGGACUACAUCAACGCCAGCCUGAUAAUGGACCAUGACCCACGUAACCCAGCCUACAUCUCAGCUCAGGGCCCUCUGUCAUCUACGGUGGCUGAUUUUUGGCAGAUGGUUUGGGAGAGCAACUGUGUGGUGAUCGUCAUGCUAACCCCGUUAUCAGAGAACGGAACAAAGCA